CACACUCCUAAUUUAUUGGCCAAAAUUCUUCAAAUUCGUUUUCAUUUUAUUUUAUUUGGCCAAAUAAACGCCCACUUUUAUUCAUUUUAUUGACUUUUUGCUCACAAAAAAAUUAAUUGGCUAAAAGAGGUGUUCAAUAAUGGCGCACAAAUGGAAUAUUUUUGCCAUUCUACUGUGCGCACUUGCUGUGAACGGUCAGACAUCAGCAAAAACAAGCGGCCCUCGUAACUUGAUAUUUAUGAUUUCAGACGGCUUUGGUGUGGCAUCCGAAGCGCUCGCGCGUUCAUACACCCAGCAAACCACUGGCUACCCUUCAAACUGGGGCAGCGCGCUAGACAGCAUUCUCGUCGGACUAACGCGCACUCGUUCAAACGACACUCUUGUGACAGACUCAGCAGCAGGAGCCACGGCAUUUUCCUGCGCACAGAAGAGCUUCAACGGCGGUAUCGGCAUAAGUGCAGAUGGAAGGCCCUGCGGAACCGUGCUGGAAGCCGCCAAGCGCAAAGGGUACGUUACUGGGCUAGUAACCACGGCGAGGAUCAGCCACGCAACGCCCGCGGCAUUCGCUGCUCAUGCAGCUGAUCGCAACAUGGAGGACUUGAUUGCCCAGCAGAUGGUCGGCAUUGGAUUAAACUCUUCUGCAAACGGCAGAGGCAGCGUGGACUUGAUGUUUGGCGGUGGGCAGUGUUAUUUUUUGCCCAAGAGUAACAAAGCCGGAUGCCGGUCAGAUGAUGUCGACCUAUGGCAGACAGCGCAAUCCCAGGGGUUCACGACCUUGAAUAACCGGCAGCAGUUUGAUAGCCUCGCUUUCGAUGCGCCGCUGCCCGUAUUGGCGCUGUUUGCGCCGAGCCAUAUGGCCUAUGAAAUAGAUCGUAAUCCGGCGGAGCAGCCAUCGCUCAGCGAAAUGACAGCCAAGGCGCUUUCCCUCCUGCGCUCGGCAUCAGCCAAUGUGCCAGCAGACCAUCCAGGGUUUAUGGUGAUGAUUGAAGGUGCGCGCAUCGACAUGGCCGGCCACGACAACGAUCCAGCAACGCAUCUCCAUGACAUUUUAGAGUACUGGAAGACUAUAAACGUCGUGCGCAACUUUAUCUCCCUCAACCCGUCCACGCUCCUGGUCAGCACCUCCGACCAUGAAACUGGCGGUUUGACAUUGGGCAUUGAGCCUGAGUACGCAUGGUACCCGUCGGUGCUCAAACCAGUUCAGCGCUCAGCAGAGGUAAUUUGCAAGGAGCUGCACCGCAUGACAAGCAGAGCCCAGUUAGACCGGCAUAUUGCAGGGGUGGUUAUGCCGCAGUACCUGGGCAUCACCGAUGGCUCGGCUGCUGAAGUUUCAACUGUCUCAGAGGCCAUUCAAAGCGGAUUCAAGGCGUGUAAGCGGGCGGUCGGCCAUGUAGUCUCGGCCCGUGCGCGCAUUGGGUGGACCACAAGCGGACAUACAGGUGCUGAUGUUGGGCUUUACGCAUAUGGCAACGGCAGCGAGGCAAUGAGGGGGAGCAUGGAUAAUACGCAGGUCGGAGGAUUUCUGGCCUCGUACUUGGGCGUUGACCUGGACAGUGCCACGAAGGAAUUGACAAAUCUGUCUACAUUUCAAAAGGACUUUGAAAAGAAGCGACGGCAUAAGCAUGAGCACCCGUGAAAACGGCAAC